ACAACUUAAGCAAGAAGCAGAAAAUUAGUCAUCAAACAAAAUUCGCUUAAAGUUCUUCAAGUUUUUGUAAAAUACAUCCGCAAAGCACAAAAUGAAUCGACUUUUUGGACGUGGAAAGCCCAAGGAGCCCGGACCGAGUCUAAAUGACUGCAUUUCUGGCGUGGACGCACGGGCCGCAAAUAUUGAGGAGAAGAUUGCGAAGCUGGAGACAGAACUGCGUAAAUACCGUGAACAAAUGAGCAAAAUGCGCGAAUCUCCAGCGAAAAACUCAGUUAAACAAAGGGCGCUGCGUGUACUCAAACAAAAGAAGGCCUACGAGCAACAAGCCGAAUCUCUGCGCAAUCAGUCUUUCAACAUGGAGCAGGCCAACUAUGCCGCCCAAUCGCUCAAGGAUACUCAAGCCACGGUGGCCGCCAUGAAGGAUGGAGUCAAGCAAAUGAAAACUGAAUACAAAAAAAUCAAUAUCGAUCAAAUCGAGGACAUACAAGACGACAUGGCCGACAUGUUGGAGCAGGCCGAUGAAGUGCAGGACGCACUGGGCCGCACCUACGGCAUGCCCGAGGUGGAUGAUGAUGAUCUGCAGGCCGAGCUGGAUGCAUUGGGCGAUGAAAUGGCCUUGGAUGAUGAUUCCAGCUACUUGGACGAUGUUGUUAAGGCUCCCGAAGCGCCAGACAGAGAGCCAGGCGCCGACAGUGUUAAGCCCGGAAAGAGCACCAUUGAAACGGAUGAGUUUGGCCUGCCAAAGAUACCGACCUCUUUGAAGACUACAUAGAUACCCUCACUCAUAUAUAUGUACAUAUAUAUAUGUGCAUGUUCAUAUUAAAUCCAAAAAUGAAAGCCAUGCCAGGCACGCUUGUUUCCAUGCAGUUUAUAAAAAACAAAAGCCGUUUAAGUUUAUUCACACAUUGCUUUAUAUAUUUUGUAUGAAUUUUCGUUAUGUUCUGAAGCAGGCCUAUUAAAAGGUUUUGCACACUGA